GGAGAAGGGUGGAAAGCGUGCUACAACAGAGGGGCUGCUCAGGUUUGAAAGGAUGAUUGAUAAACCCCGAUAUUCUUCAGCUCGCUCUGUGCAGGGGAAUGUGGAAGAGCACAGCAAAGGGGUGAAUCCACAUGCGGGGCCGUGGUGGAAGAACCAUAGCAGGGCCAGAGCAGCCGUGUUUCACUUUCUGAAUGAUUCAGACAGGAGAAGCAGAAACUUCCAGGCUGCGUGAGAAGUUUCACCUUCCAGGGCAGUGGGGAAGCUGACACUUCCCAGUCCUGCUGGGGGAACGGCAGGCUUUCCUCCCAGGACAUUUCAGCUCCCCAGUCGCACGACUCACAUUUUCCUGGACUCCCAGGGGCUCUUAGGAAAGGGCUAGCCACUGAGAAGAUGGGCAACCACCCUGUUAUGCCUGCUUAGGAGAAGGACAAGGACUGUCCCUCUUGCCAUGGGGAAGAAAAUGAGGGGGGUGAAGGGAGACCUGCCAGGGAAAGAGUUAAGAGAGCCAGGGAGCAGCUGGGUUGCGUCUGUUUGCCGUAGCUAUGUGGGCUGCGGGGUAGAAAAGAAGAAUCUCCAGCCUGGAGGAGGCAGAUGAGGGAGGGUCCUCAAGGACGGCGGCUGGGGAUGAGGGAGGCGGCAGGUCUUCCCCUCUCUGCUCCCAUGAGCUAUCACCGCAGGGAAACUCUCCGGCUCCCCAAAGGGCUUGGUGAAAAGUGACGACGAGUUGAUGGUUCUGCUUGGUGCUGCCAAGUUUUUCUUGUGUGGAACGAUCUGUUUACAGCUGACGGGGUCUUGGGCUGCUCCCUGCUGCUGAAGUGACUUGACUGGGGAAGAAGACAACCAGAUCGUCUGCUGACAGGACUGCAGAGACCGGGGGUCUGACACCGAUGCUGUCCCCGGCCAUGUGAACUCGUUCCGACGGAUUCCCGCCCCAGAGCCCUAGUUCGGAGCUCUCCCACGAUGCUGCCCCAGCUGUAGGUGGGGAACAGCACCGGCGUGGAUGCCCUCCCAGGGCCAACCUGGCAGGUUUCUGCGGGACACUGGGUCUCCAACGCUGGCAGGCACACCAGGGCAGCCCGCGGUCAUUGCCCAGGGCAGGGGCUACGCGUGCUUUGCAGUGCCGGACCGGAGCUGCUGGGAGAAAACCUGUCGGGCAGAGGCAGUGGGAAGUCGCAGGAGGGGAUUCAGGGGGCUGCUGCGCCGCGGCUGAGCGUGGAGUUUUGCCAGGGACGGGAUGGAGAUGGUGUGGCUGUACGUGGUGCUGAUCCCAAUGCAGCACGUCCUUGCCCUGACCUGGCUGUACCUGGCCAAACAGCCUUCUCUGCGGGCGGUCCUCCGGGACCCCAGUGGCUGCGAGGGUCUGCCGGGGCUGGUAGAAGAGCAGGUCCGCGUUUGCCGGCGGCAGCUGGGAGCCAUGGAUGCGGCGAAGCGAGGUGCGGAGCUGGCCGUCGAGGAGUGCCAGCACCAGUUUCGGUCUCGCCGGUGGAACUGCUCCAUGCUGCAGGGGCUGCAGGUCUUCGGCAAGGUCGCCAUCCAAGGCACACGGGAGUCUGCUUUCAUCCACGCCAUCUCCGCCGCCGGCGUUGCCUUUGCUGUGACUCAUGCCUGCAGCCGUGGGGAGCUGGAGAAGUGUGGCUGUGACCGCAAGAUCCGAGGAGUCAGCGCCGAAGGUUUCCAAUGGUCGGGCUGCUCUGAUAACCUGUCUUACGGGAUUGCCUUUUCUCAAGCCUUCGUAGACAACCCUGAGAGGAGCCGCGGCAUCUCCUCCAGCCGAGUGCUCAUGAACCUGCACAACAAUGAGGCUGGGAGGAAGGCUCUCCUGGCCCACAUGAAGGUGGAGUGCAAGUGCCACGGCGUGUCGGGCUCCUGCGAGGUGCGCACGUGCUGGAAGGUCAUGCCUCCCUUCCGCAAGGUGGGCAACGUCCUCAAGGAAAAGUUCGAGGGGGCGACGGAGGUUCACCCCAAACAGGUCGGUUCCCGCAAGCUCCUGGUGCCCAAGAGCUCUCGCUUCAAGCCCUACACGGCUCACGACCUGGUCUACCUGUUGGCCAGCCCAGACUUCUGCAACCGGGACCCCCGGCGCGGGGUCUUCGGCACUUCUGGCCGCCGGUGCAACCGGACAUCCCCGGCCAUGGACGGCUGCGAGCUCCUGUGCUGUGGCAGGGGCUUCCACACCGCCCAGGAGGAGGUGGUGGAGCGGUGCAGCUGCAAAUUUCGCUGGUGCUGCUCCGUCAAGUGCAAGCAGUGCCGGCACCUCGUGGAGAUGCACAGUUGCCGCUGAGGGGGAGCGUGCCGGGGCGGUGGGAGGCUGCCGGGGGGGACUGCAAGGUCACGGGGAGAGGACGGUCCAGGGAAAGACACGGGGAAGCAGGGGAAGGUGUGGGGGAUACACACAGCCUGAGAAGGAGCGGAGGAGAUGUGGGGUUUUGCUGCCCUGCCGGAGAGCAGCCCCUGGCUCCGGGGGUGCCAUCGGCUCCUCUGUGCUCCCCACCCAGCACGCUCUCGCCAGCCUCACUGGGCUUUUUGUGGUUUGAAUUGUUUUUCCGGACGGAAGGUUGGAGGACACAGGCCCAAUAAACCCUUAAACUUUAGAAAUAAACCAGCUGCAACGGAAAGCAGAGUGCGUACGUCAGCUCCUUCCUCACACGCUGUGUUUGGGACCUGGAGGGUACCUGGCUCUGCUCCCUCCCGUGGGAUGGAAGGGGACGAGGCCGCACUGGAGUCCUUGUGCUCAGGGGACACAUGGGCUGCAGCGAGUGAGAAACACCCGGGUGCGGAGCAGGGGGGCAUGGGGACCCACCCCGGACAUGAGGGGGGUCACUGAGGGGUCUAAUGGAACGACAGCAUCAGAGAGAAGGGAGCAAAUUAGCUUUGUGGGCCGAAUGGGCU